UAAUCUGUUGCUAUGACAUUUCACCAUGGUAACAAGCAUCACCUAAUUCACUGUAUGGAAAGCCUUUCUCUGGUUCCAGCCUGAAGCAGCCAUUUCUGACACGGAGGCGACAAAGGGAAAGGAGAGAGAGAGACGGGCAUUAUCAGGUGUGCUGAUCCUAUAGAUACCAGGCAAUGCCUUCCAGAAGCACAUCAAGGUGCAUCUACUCCAUGCUCUUCCUCAUGCUAACGAUGGGGCUGCCGUUCAUGAAGCUGGUCUCAGCGGAUGAACCCUCUGGAACCACUAUCCCCCCUGAAAGUCGCCCCUGUGUUGAUUGCCAUGCCUUUGAAUUCAUGCAGAGAGCACUGCAAGACCUGAAAAAGACAGCAUACAAUCUGGACUCACGGACAGAGACCCUUCUGCUUAAGGUGGAGCGGAGAAGCCUCUGUGACUGCAUCACCGCCGAGGGCUUGAGCUGAACAUCUCCCAUCUUGGACAAGGACAUUCUCCCUUAACCCUUCUGCUGCUGGAAAGAGGUUACGGCACAUUGCUCCGGAGUGUCUGGCAGGUCCCACCGGCAGCGAAAGGGUUAAACACCGACCAUGCCACGAACAUCGAUUUCACAUGACACCAUAUAUCACCUUGACACUGUAAUGUGCAUGUAUGCGUGCAAGAAUUUGUAAACGGGGUUCUUAGAAUAAAAUCAUUGGGAUCUUUUUUAAAAAAAAAA